AUGGGAAAUGCUGCUUAUGAAAAUUGCAAUGAAACGACAAUGAGCAAACUCGGCGAUAUAAUGAAGAGAAUUAGUCCUUAUGCUGCUGCCUACAAGAUGAUGCAUGAAGUGGAACAAGAAGAAAUUGAUCGAGCUAAGAGAGAAAAACGAGCACCACCUCCACUUCGACUGAUUUUUGACAUUAAUCGUGGAAUUCACGAUCGGCGACUCUAUAAUCUUCCAACAGCGAAUGAAGUUGCUGCAGUUUUCGUAGGUGAAGAUAGUGGAGUUCCAACAUAUCGACAUAUUGCCAUUCAUCCACGUGGUCAAGGUCUUCAGACGAUUCAAAUUAUAGAUCCCAACUGUGAUCCAAUGACUUAUCCUCUUUUAUUUUCUCGCGGAGAUAAAGGAUGGCACCCAGAAUUGGAAAAAAUUGAUCAAUCACGAAAUCGAAAACGAGUAUCAAUGCUUCAAUUUUAUAGUUAUCGAUUGGCUAUUCGUCAAAAUUUCAGCGCCAUCCACUAUGGAGGAAAAUUAUUCCAACAAUAUAUUGUCGAUGCUUAUGUCAAAACCGAACAAAAUCGACUUGCAUUCCAUCGCCACAAUCAAAAGACUCUUUGA